GGGACUGAGCGUGGGCUUCUCCCUCCGGCCAGGGAAAGCAGAGAGUAUGAAAGCCUACCUAAAGAGCGCAGAAGGCUUUUUUGUCCUGAAUAAAAGUACUACUGUUGGAAGGCAUGAAGACUCAGACCUUGUUUUAGAGUCUGCAGACAUCGACAACCAUCAUGCACUUAUUGAAUAUAAUGAGGCCGAGGACAGCUUUGUUCUCCAGGACUUCAAUUCCCGAAACGGCACCUUUGUCAACGAGUGCCACAUUCAGAAUGUGGCCGUGAAGCUGCUGCCCGGAGACAUCCUGAGAUUCGGGUCCGGAGGGCUGACCUACGAACUUGUCAUCGAAAACGCUCCCUCGGUCUCCUUCCCAUGGAUGAGUGAGUCGGUACCUUGGCCAAGACCACAGCCAACUCGAGGCACACAGCAGUCGAAACAGCCUCCCUCGCCGCCACAGAUACCCUUCCACCCGGGCAUCCGGCCAGCCCCAGUGCAGAGGAGCUGGUCCCAGGGGUUUCCCAGACCCACCAUGGUCCCGCCUGCCCCCCACCGGCGGCCCGUGAGCGCUGGUGGGAAGAUGUUCUCCUUUGUGGUGGAUAGUACCCACAGGCCUCCCGUCAUCAAGCAAGUGUGGACCAAUGCUGUGGAACUGUCGGAACCGUCAGUGGUCGAUGGAAUUCCCAGGGCAGGACCUUCCAGGGAUAUUUAUGUGGACCAGGACACAGCCCAGCAGGAUAAGGAUGAAAUCAUUCUGCUGCUGGGGAAAGAAAUCAGCCGCCUCUCAGAUUUUGAACUUGAAUCCAAAUACAAAGACGCGGUGAUAGUGAAGCUGCAGAAUGAAGUGGCCAGCCUGAGCCAGAGGCUGUCGGAGUCCACCUCGUCCAAGCAGAGUCGGUUGCAGGAUCUGGAUGAGGACAUCAAUGCCAAACACAGAGAGAUCCAGAGCUUGAAAAACCAGAUCAGUGCCCUGCAGAAAGGCUACAGCCAGGUGCUGUGCCAGACGCUGUCUGAGAGGAACUCAGAAAUCACAUCCCUGAAGAACGAGGGUGAGAACUUGAGGAGGGACAAAGCCAUCACCUCAGGGAUGGUAUCAUCAUUGCAGAAAGAAUUGUUAACAAAGGAUGAGGAAAUCGAACGACUCAAACAGGAGGUGAACCAACUAAAAAGCGAGAACAAAGAAAAGGAUCACCAGCUUGAAGCCCUCAGCUCCAGGUGCUCCGCGCUGAGAGAAGAGUUACGGAAGGAAGAUGCGCACAAGGAGUGCCAAGAAGCCCAAGGGAAAGAAUUAAAACUCUGCAAAAUCCAAAUCCAAGACAUGGAGAAAGAAAUGAAGAAGCUCAGGGAGGAGCUGAAGAAGAGUUCUACCGAACAGAAUGUGAUCUCCAAGACGCUGCGAGAAAAGAGCAAGCUGGAGCAUUUCAGAAGUCAAGUCAUCAAGGCCACCUACGGACGAGUGAAGCCGUUCCUGGACAAGCCCAUCACCGAUCAACAGCUAAUAGAGAAGAUUACCCAGGUCACUGAGGACAACAUCAACUUUCAGCAAAAAAAAUGGACACUGCAGAAGGAGACUCAGCUCAGCAAUUCCAAACAGGAGGCAAUCAUAGAGAACAUGGAGAAGCUGAAGGCAUCUUUAGACAGAUGUCAGGCUUGCAUGAAAAUGUCCUGCUGUAGCAGGGACCUGAAGAAAGAGGUGGACAUGCUUCAGAACCUUCAGGUGAGCCCACCUGUUUUAGGGCUCCAGAAGGUGGUGCUGGACAUCCUGCGUCUGUCGCUGUCCUGGCUGGAGGAAACGGAGCGUCUCCUCCGGGACGUCGGCAUCCAGUUAUCCAGUUCCGACACAGGAUUGUCUUUGUAUCUGGAAUAUCUUCUGGUAUAUUAUAAAAAAAUUACAAGCCAAACCCAGGAACUUCAGAUCAAGAUCCACAGUUCUCAGGAAACUCAGCAGUCUUUCAUGCAAGAGAAACUGCGGGAGCAUCUGGCAGAGAAGGAGAAGCUGACUGAGGACAGGCUGCAGCAAGAGGAGAGGCUGAAAGCCAGAAUCAAGCAGCUGAUGGACGAGAAGGCGGCUUUGGAGGAAAGCAUUACUCAAGAGAAAAACAGAGCAAAAGAAACAUUAGAAGAAGAACAAAACAGAAUCCAAGAGCUGGAGAAUCGCUUAGCCCGCCAGAAGAAGGUCUGGGAGGAAAACAUUAUGCAAGAGAAAAGCAGAGUGAAGGAAGCAUUAGAAGAAGAACAGAAGAGGGUCCAAGAGCUGGAGAAUCGCUUAGCCCGCCAGAAGGAGAUUUUGGAGAACAGCAUGGCCUAUGAGAAAAGGAGAGCAAAGGAAGCUUUAGAGACAGAAAGGAGAAGAGUUCAAGAUCUGGAGAACCACUUGACCCAACAGAAGGAGAUUUCAGAGAGCAGCCUCGCCUACGAGAAACACAAAGCAAAAGAGGCCAUAGAGCAGGAAAAGAAGAAGGUGCAAGAUCUGGAGAACUACAUCACCAAGCAGAAGGAGGAAAUAGAUUUAAAAGUGCAAAAAGAAGGCGUUUUGAAUAAUAAAUUAAAUGAUGCACUGGCCAUGGUAGAAGAAACUCAGAAAAGCAAGACAGCCGAGAGCCUAAGAGCAGAGAACCUCAGCAUGAAAUUAAAUGAAACGUUAGCUGAACUGGAAACCACCAAGGCAAAAAUGCUCGUCAUGGAGGAGCGGAUACAGCUGCAACAGCAGACAGUGAAGGCCCUCCAGGAAGAACAGGACUCCCAGAAGCAUGGAUUUGAAACAGAAAUCAGGGAAUAUAAGGAGCAAAUCAAACAGCACUCCCAGACUAUCGUGAGCCUCGAAGAAAGACUCCAAAAAGUGACCGAGCACCAUAAAAAAAUAGAAGGAGAGAUUGCAACAUUGAAGGACAGCGACCCAGCCCAGGAGGAGGUAAUGCGGCGAGACCCCCCACCGACGCCUCCAGUGGACAGCAGUGUCAAAGACGAAGUGUGUGACACCUUGAUAGGGGAUCUUCUGGCCGCUCAGAAGGAAAUCCUAUCUCAGCAGGAGGUCAUCAUGAGGUUAAGGAAAAACCUCACAGAAGCUCACAACCGAAUGUCAGAUCUGAGAGGGGAGCUUAAUGAAAAGCAGAAGAUGGAACUGGAGCGGAACGUGUCGCUGGUCCAGCAGCAAAGCAGCGAGCUGAGAGCGCUCAGGGAAAAGAUGGCGCAGCUGACCGGCCUGGUGGAAAGGAAGGACAGGGAGCUGGGGGUCCUCAAGGAGACGCUCAGGGCCUCUCAAGAGAAACACAGAGUCCAGCUGUACAAGGAGAAGGAACAGAAGCCCAGGAAUGCGGCCAAGAUGUGUGACAUCUCAGUGCAGAUAGAACCGGUCCACACGGAAAUUCUCCUGAGCAGUCAAGAGGAACAAUCCUUCAGUGAUCUCGGGGCCAAGUGCAAAGGGUCCCGACAUGAGGAAAUCAUUCAGCGUCAGAAAAAGGCCUUGUCUGAACUGCGUGCACGAAUUAAGGAGCUCGAGAAGGCCCGCUUAUCAAAUCAUAAAGACCCGCUGACUGAAUCCUAUCUAGACUUAAAGACGGUCAGAAUGGAAAAAAAUGUCCAGAAAUUAUUGGACGCAAAACCUGAUAUGCCAGCUCUCUCAAGAAUAGAGAUCGCAGCGCCUCAGAGUGGCCUUGCCAACUCAGCCAUCCCGCCCAUGGAAAAGUCAGGGAAAAUGGAUGUGGCUGAGGCUUUAGAUCUCAGUGAAAAGCUGUACAUGGACAUGAGCAAGACCCUCGGGAGUCUGAUGAACAUCAAGGACAUGUCCGGUCACAUAUCCAUGAAAUACCUCUCCGCCAAAGAGAGAGAGAGAGUCAACCAGCUCCGACAAAGGGACCUCGAUCUGGUGUUCGAUAAGAUCACCCAACUCAAGAACCGGCUGGAAAGAAAAGAAGAGCUUUUGAGAGGAUACGAGAAAGACAUUGAACAGCUCAGGCAGAGCAAAGUGUCCGUGCAGAUGUACCAGUCGCAGAUGGCGAAGCUGGAGGACAGCAUCUACAAGGAGGCGGAGGAGAAGGCUCUGCUGAAGGAGGCUCUGCAGCGCACGGAGCACCAGCUGCACCAGGAGAAGCGGAUCAACAGGGCCAUCCGGCAGCAGAAGGAACGUUUAGAGGAUCACGAACAGAGAAAUGCAAAAGAAUCAACACCUUGCAACUGUUCCUUCAAAGAGAAAGAGAGGCAGAGACGAAUGUUUGUAGAGACGGUGAAGAACAAGAUGCAGAAUUCAAGUCCCCAGGUUGGAACCAGAAAAGCCGCCCCAAAGAUGGACCAAGUGAGGGAGAUGCCCAAGAGAGACUCAUCUAGCAAAUCCAGCCAGAGCCUUCUGUUUUCUAAGCCUGGCGACAGGAACUAGAAACGUCAUCCUGUCCGGCCCUGCGUGAUCCUCCGCAUAUGAAGAAUGUACGGUUGAAGCCCAGGCUCCCAGGCUUGAUAGACACGAUGAUGUGGCGUCACACCUGAGCUGUGGCAUACCCACACAUCCACCCCCGCGGAGCUGCAAGAAACCCACCACUGGCAAAACCCGAGACGUGUCCUGGGGCCGCCGGAUGGAACGGCAACCUCGGGGUGAGGCCGAGGCCGUGGUAGAGCACAUUUAUAUCUAAGUUUAUUAUAAUAAAUUUAGCGCACACAGCCCUCUUAUCGCUUCCGUAAUAAUGACUGACAUUUAUGUCGCACUCUGCAGUUUUCAAAAUGCUUCUCCCCUAAUCCUCCCCCAGACCCUGGGAGGUUAAUAGUAUUCUGAUCCCCAUUUUACAGAGGAAGAAGAUAAGGCCCAGAAAGGUUAAACUGCCUGUCUAAAAUCAUGCAGCUACUAAAUUCAAAACUGGGUCCUGAACCCAGUUUCUGACUCCCAUCCCCUCCUGCCCAUUUGACUGCACGAGGGGAGCAAUGACAGCCUCCCGAGGAGGCCAGACCCUACCCAGUCCCGGAAGGAAACACACUGUCCAGGUGGACACGCCCUUUCCUCACCAUGUUUGUAGAGACCCUCCUCCUUGCUCCCAUGUUCUGCUG